AUGGUCAAGGGGCGCAAUACUGUCGACUUCAAGCCGAGCUACAGGCCGCCAGAUCUCCGAUUGGUCCUAGAAUCCGUUCCUGAAACCACUCUCAGUGCCAAACACAGAGCCAUCAUAGAAAAGUCCCUUGACGAACCAGUCACAACGACACCUCCUAAGUCAAAAACAAAGUCAGCUGGUCCUAAAUCGCCGAAGAAAAGCGGCGCUAUCUGCGGAAAAGCCGAGAGCUCGUCUUGCUUCCUCCUCCGAUUACCUACCUACAUUAUGUAUUUCCUUCUCUUCACAAGUCUAAGCUCACAGUUUGAGUGUACUCGGCCUAUUUAUAAUCAACACUUCAAGCAUUAUUACGACGUCUACGUCAUUCCAAAAUACAACGAAUACGUCGACCCACAUGUACAAGAAUUCGUCAUCCCUGCGUAUAAACAAUACGGAGAGCCACAAAUUGCUCAGCUCCAGAAGCUCUACGCUGCGCACGGCCAACCUCAACUUGAAAAGCUAAUAAAGCUCUACGAUGCUCAUUUGAAAGACCACGUCGAUAAAACGAUCACGAGUCUGAAUGAGCAAGUCCAAACUCAUGUCGUGCCAACUGUCCAAAAUGUUCAAAAGGAACUCGAGCCAUUUUUCAACAACGCUGUCAAAAAUGGAACAGUCUUGGUCAAGCAACUUCGAGAACAAGCUAAUGUUCUCGCUGAAAACUGGGGUGUAGUUUGCGAACAAGGAAUCGCUGACAUGCGAGUUCAAAUCGACAAGUACAGUGCUCUUGCUCGUGAUGAGACGCUCAAGGGACUCGCUAAAGUUCAACGCGCUAGUAAAGAAUACGCUAAUGCCGCUCUCGUCAAUACCGAGGAGUAUCGACAACAAGCAUCCGUCAAGUUUGCUGAAGUCCAAUCUAUUGUAUAUGAAAGAGUUGAAACAACUAUUGCUAUCAUCCAAAAACAGCUUCCAAUCAUUCACGAGUUCCUGCUCGAGUACAACAUCGACAAGAUCUUCUCUAACAUCUUCGAGGGUAUCGGUCGAUCAAUUGUCUGGACAGGAGAUCUCAUUGGAAAAGUCGCUGCUGGCAGAUUCUGCUGCGCCCAGAGCCAAAUCGCCCGACUUGGAAACGACAUCUACGAGUUCGGGCUUCUUGCAUACAAGCAAGUUCAAAAUCUUAUCCAAAAUUAG